GAGACACUUUAUGCUUAUCUUAUACUCUUCAAGGUUCUUUUCUCUUCCAUCCUCAUUGGCUGCGGUUUUCAACAUAAACAUAACCGAAACAGUAACUGAUGAAUUGAGUGAACCAAUUCCCAAGCACAACUACCUAGAGUAUUACCUGACUGAUAAGGAAAGAAUUGCAAAGAUGGAUUAUGCAUUUUUGCUUUCUGGGUGCUUUUGAAGCCCGCAUUCUUGAUGGAACUUGCUUUUACCAAAUGGUCAUGCACAUUCUUACUCUGUUGUUUUCUCAUCACUUCUAGAGGAUAUUCAGUGGAGGGGUUACUUGGAGAUUCUAAAGUUAGAGGAGUGAACUUAGGAGGGUGGUUAGUUAUUGAAGGCUGGAUCAAGCCUUCGUUGUUUGAUGGCAUUGCCAAUGGAGACAUGCUUGAUGGGACUGAGGUGCAGUUUAAGUCGGUGACAUUACAGAAAUAUGUAUCUGCAGACAAUGGGGGAGGAAUGAAUGUGACAGUUGAUAGGGAUGUUCCGUCUUCAUGGGAAACAUUCAGGUUGUGGAGAGUGUCACAAUCUGAAUUUCAAUUCCGUACCGUACAAGGCCAGUUUCUUACAUGUGAUGGAGGAGGCUGCAUUGUCUCUGCAACAGCAAAAUCGCCUUCAACAUCAGAGACAUUUGAAGUUCAGCGUAAUGAGAAAAAUAGGAUUCACAUCAAGAUAAAGAACGGGCCCUAUCUGCAGGUUACAACUGGAAACCAGCUCACAGCAAACUAUCCUGGCGCACCGGGAUGGGAUGAUAACUCAGCCACAUUUGAAAUGACCAUUGUAUCAAAUAACCUUCAUGGAGAUUAUCAGCUAGCAAAUGGCUAUGGACAUGAUAGCGCAGAGGAUGUUCUUAGGAGACAUAGAAAUAGCUUCAUUACAAUAGAGGAUUUCAAAUUUCUAUAUGAACAUGGAAUAAAUACAGUGAGGAUACCUGUUGGGUGGUGGAUUGCUUUUGAUCCUGAUCCUCCAAGUCCAUUUAUUGGAGGAAGUCUUGAAGCUCUAGAUAAUGCAUUUUCAUGGGCACAAGAAUAUGAUAUAAAAUGCAUAAUUGACCUUCAUGCUGCUCCUGGUUCACAAAAUGGGAUGGAACAUAGUGCAAGCAGAGAUGGAUUUACAGGAUGGCCAACUUCUCCCGAUUACAUUUCAAAGUCGUUACAUGUUAUUGAGUUUUUAAUUUCUCGAUAUGCGAAGCAUCCUGCCUUGCUUGGAAUUGAACUUUUGAAUGAACCAUCUGCUGGCACAGUUUCCUUAGAUAUUUUACUUUCCUACUACAAGCAAGGCUAUCAAAUUGUUCGGAAAUACUCGUCGUCGGCUUAUGCGAUAAUGUGCCAGAGAAUCGGCAACGCAGAUCCUUUGGAGCUUUAUGAAGCCAACAUAGGAUCUACCAAUUUAGUUUUGGAUUUGCAUUUCUACAAUCUUUUUGACGCAUUCUUUGUUAAUAUGAGUGCCCGGGAUAAUAUACAAUACAUAUACAAAAGUAGGGAAGAUAUGUUGCAGGCCUUCAACAAUUCAAACGGCCCACUCGUUUUUAUAGGAGAGUGGGUGAAUGAGUGGAAUGUGGUGAGCGGAUCCCAAACAGAUUAUCUGGAGUUUGGAAAGGCGCAGUUAGAUGUGUAUAAUGCAGUGUCGUUUGGUUGGUGUUAUUGGACUAUAAAGAAUGAUAGGGAGCACUGGGAUUUUGAAUGGAACAUUAGGAAGAACUAUCUUCAAUUUGGUAACUCCCCCAGAAAACAAAACAUAUACACUCUGGGAUUGUUUGGAUUGGCUUUCACCUGGUUUUGUCUUCACUUCUUGUGAUUCAAAUUUUACCUGGAUUAAUAGCAUAUUUGAGGCAUCUGGUACACAUUGCAGGAAAACUGAAGUUGAAGAAUGCAACAGUAUAGGUUGUGUACCAUUUUUUAUGCAUACACACUCAAAUGAAACUUAGAAGUUUGGUUGAUAUUCAAAGUCAUUAUUACAUGUGGUCUAUUCAAAUAAGACUAGAGGAUCAUUCUACAUAGAAAUUCAUGCAACAUGAGGAGUCUGAAAUAACUCGUGCCAUGGCUGUUUCUUUAAGACAAUCUAAAGCCUACUAAAAUUUAUUCGUUGCAUUGAUAUGUGUAAGAGAAUGAAAGAAGUAAUAAACUUCCGAUAAAAAAUAUGGAGUUUUCAAUUCGCCUCCAAUAUACUUUAGAAUGCUAAACUGUACUACUAGAGAGAUGCUUACCAUAAAUUCAGGAUUUUAGAAGUGGAUUGAGAAGCUCCGGAAAUAAGACAGCCAGUAUGACCAUACUCUUGGAAAGACACAUGGGAAAGAUUAACCAAGGUGUUUUCUUAAAGUAUCUUGAAGUAUAUCCUA